AUGGACUCUGUGGACACGCCACAAACUCUAUCCAUCGUGGAGGCCACAGUUGCAGACCUUGCCGCAGCACUCUCCCAGGGACAGACCAACAGCGUUGAGCUGACAGUGAAACAUCUUCUUCGCAUAGCAAAGUAUGAUCGCCGCACGACGCUUCUCAACUCGACUCCCAUCAUCAACGAAAAUGUUCUCGAAGCGGCCCAAGCCUCAGAUCAGCGCCGUGCGUCUGGCGAAGCGCUAGGCCCGCUGGAUGGCAUCGCGUGCACCAUCAAAGACUCGUACAAGAUCAAGGGCAUGACCGUGGCAGCCGGCUCUCCUGCCUUCCGUGACUUGGUGGCAAACGAGGAUGCCUUCACCGUGAAGAAGCUGAGAGAAGCGGGCGCUGUGAUCCUGGGCCGGACCAACAUGCCGCCCAUGGCCGCAGGGGGCAUGCAGCGCGGCGUGUACGGUCGCGCCGAGUCGCCCUACAACGCCGAGUACCUGACGGCCGCUUUCGCCUCGGGGUCCUCCAACGGCUCGGCGACGGCAACGGCGGCCAGUUUCGGCGUCUUUGGCAUGGGCGAGGAGACCAUCUCAUCCGGGCGCUCGCCCGCCUCCAACAAUGGGUUGGUGGCUUAUACGCCGUCCAGAGGCCUCAUAUCAAUCAGGGGAAACUGGCCGCUUUUCCCAACCUGUGACACAGUCGUGCCACAUACGCGAACGGUGCAAGACAUGUUCGCAUUGCUGGAUGUCAUUGUUGCCGAGGAUGAGAAGAAGACGUGCGACUUUUGGAGGGAGCAACCCUUUGUCCAGCUCCCAGGCGUCAAUUCUGUUCGUCCACAGUCGUACCAUCAGCUCGCCGACACCAAAGCACUCGCAGGCAAGAGAAUUGGCGUCCCAAAGAUGUACGUUGGUGGAGUCGAUUCUGAUCCGACGGCCAGAACGGUCCACACUCGGCAGUCUGUCAUUGACCUCUGGGCAAACGCCCGUAAAGUCUUGGAGUCGCUUGGUGCCACCGUGCAAGAGGUCGACUUUCCCGUUGUCACCAAGUUUGAGAAGCCGGAUCCAGAGGAUGGCCCUGGCCAUGACACCAUUGCGCCGCCUCAUAAGAACGAGUUCGACAUGUGCCAGCUCAUGGCAUAUGCCUGGGAUGAUUUCCUCGCCCAGAAUGCCGACGCCAGCGUUGCUUCCAGUCUUGGACAGGUGGACUCGGGCACCAUAUUCCCUCGCCCGUCAGGGUCUAUCCCGGACAAGUAUGACUCCAACGAUCCUCUCGUGCGCCAUACGGACGUUGUCUCGCAUGUUACUUGUGGGCGCGUCCCUACUUUUGAAGUCACCGGUCUCGGCCAAGCUCUGCAGAAUCUGGAAGCGAGGCGCAAGUCCGACUACGAGGACUGGCUGGACGAACACCGUCUGGACACUGUGGUGUGGCCUUGCAACGGAGACGUUGGCAAGGCUGAUGCAGAUGUGGAUGAGGCGUCCGGGGCAGCGGCAUGGCGCAAUGGUGUGCUCUAUUCGAAUGGCAACUGCGCCAUACGCCAGCUGGGCAUCCCGACUGUCAGCGUGCCCAUGGGAGUCAUGGCCGACACGCGCAUGCCCGUCAACCUGACUUUUGCGUCCAAGGCAUAUGAUGACAGCAAUUUGUUCAGGUAUGCCUACGCCUUUGAGCAAGCCAGUCGACUGCGCCAAGCUCCCUCGAGAACAGACGCCUUGGCGACGGAUGCCGUGACAAUGUCUGGGCAGAGAGCAUUGGGAAUGGAGCCGCCGCAGCUGACAGUGGAUGAAGCUACGAGGACUGGGGAGAAGCUUCACCUUGCAGGCAGCGUUGGUAAAGACGUAUGCGCGUUGCGUGCCUUUGUCGACGGCGACAAGAUUGAAGUCUCGAAAAAUGCACACGGAAACUGGGAGGCGCACGUUGAUGUACUUGACGCCUGGAAGGGUCGGCCUGAGGAGAGAGGCGUCCCGGACCCUGACAAGGCCAUGGUCAUUGUGCUGGCAAUGGGGAGAAACGGGAGGUCGGCGGGCCGACUGCUAUUUGUGUAA